AUGAUGGAAGCGUGGAAUAAAGAGACAGUGCCAAAAGUGAUGCAGAUUGUGAGCACAAGACUUCCUCAGAGAGACCUAAUCUCCCUUUUGCUCGUCAGCCCUUGGAUUCAUCGAAAUUUGAUUUCCCACCCGUCUCUAUGGCUGGUUCUUGAUUUUCAUGAGAUGAAUAAUGCUGGGGAUCGCCUAGUGUCAGCUCUCUCACUGCCAAGAUAUGGGAAAGUGAAGCAUAUAAACCUUGAGUUUGCUCGGGAUAUUGAAGACAGACAUCUUGAAAUUGUUAAAAGCAAGUGUGGACAUUCUGUUAACAACUUAGAGAUUCUUAAUCUGAAUGGCUGCCAAAAGAUAUCUGACGUGGGAAUUGAUUUCAUAACAUGCAACUCCCCAAAUCUAAAGGUCUUCUCCAUCUAUUGGAAUGUGAGGGUUUCAGAUGUUGGUGUUAAGAACUUGCUGAAGAACUGCAAAAUCGUGAUUGAUUUAAACCUUAGUGGUUGUAAGAACAUCACGGAUGGAAGCUUGAAAUUAAUUGCAGAAAAUUAUCAAGGAUUGCAGGUGCUGAACCUAACUAGAUGCGUGAAGCUAACGGAUAAAGGUCUGCAAAUGAUAUUCCUCAAGUGCUCCUUCAUUACAACCUUGAAUCUUUAUGCCCUUUCCAGUUUCACGGACGAUGCUUACAAGAAGAUAUCACUUUUGAGUCGCCUUGAAUUUUUAGAUCUCUGUGGUGCUCAGAAUCUUUCCGAUGACGGGCUCUCGUGUAUAGCUAAAUGCAAAAACUUGACUUCUCUCAAUUUGACGUGGUGCGUGCAAGUCACAGAUGAAGGAGUCAUUGCUCUUGCGAAAGGCUGCAGGUCUCUUGAAUCCCUUAGCCUGUUUGGUAUAGUUGGGAUUACGGACAAGAGCUUGGAGGUCCUCUCGAGCUUCCAUUCAGAUACAAUUACGACCCUUGAUGUCAAUGGAUGCGUUGGUAUAAAGAGACGAAGCCGUGACCAACUGCUCGAGUUGUUUCCAAAGCUCAAAUGCUUCAAAGUCCAUAGCUAG